UUAGUAUAAAAAGGUUUUGUUACGGUAGUUUUCUAGUCUAAUUUGUCUUAUUAAUCGUGGUUGUUAUUUUUUUUUUAUCAAUGUCGAUGAAUUUUCAAAACAGUGAUGCCUGGGUACUCACUCCCUACUGUUUCUGUACGAACAAGGCAUGGUGGAGCAUUAGCUCAAUCAUUUUCCAAGAUUUCAACGAUGGAAUUGAAGGGCGUGAAGUUGCUGCACCCACUGGCAUUACUCGACAGGCGGCAGCCCUUUUGGCAGCUUUUUUCAUAGCUUUAACUAUUCUUUUGUUCUUAGUCUUUCUUUUGCUAUGUUGCUUAUACCCACACGGAAUAUGCUACAGUCGUAAAGCACUGUGUUGCACAAAGAAGACUUCGGCAAAGAAAAGACCCCAUAUUUCUAGCAAAACAAACGCAUCAGAAGUCAACCUUACAGCCCUUGAUAUGAAAAUGCCAAGAGCCCAUAUGGACAGUUUUUCAGAUGUUUCAGGUCAUCAAUUAGCUACUAUGAGUUGGACGAAUGCAGCCUGUCAAAAAGCAGAUCUUGACGGCUGGAAAAAGGAUACAAACUAUUCAGUUGGCUUUCGAGGUCACAACACCGAAAGAAUUAGAUCUCUAGACUCAUUGGACGACUCCUGCAUAAUAAACCCACAACAAUGGCGCAGUGGUAGUAGUACAGCCUCGAGACUACACAGUAGAAGCUACAAUGGCAUUUUGGACUCUUUGAAUACUCAGAAAGGAAACAAUUCUUCACAAGAAAUGAGUGCUAGGUUUGGGAAUUCUCAUAAAGAUAAAGCCGUUGAAAUGAACGAGAAUGGAUUUGGUGAUGCCAGUACAUUUCAAAAAGAUUACUCGAAUCUUUUGUCAUACAACAGUCAAGAUUUGA